GAAGAGGAGCUGGCACGCGCGCGCAUGCUCGCAACAGCUGAAGAAAGAUGGAAGACUGCGAGAGGAGACGGAGCGCAGCACAUCCCGCAGCGGCCAGAGCCCGGAGCUGAUGCACUCCUGGAGGUGCCUUAGGACCCAGUCACUGCCCAGGACACUGACAGCAUCAUGGAGGAGAAGGAGGCACCCACUCCUCCUGAUACCCAAAGGACCCACACCCACAGACGCACAGAGGCUCCAUACGAAAUGGAGGCGGAGCCCAGACCCCCGGCCCGAGUGGGGACCACCCGCUACCGUCGUCAGGGCGACACAGAGGCCCGGCUGAGAGCACAGCAGCACAGACAACAGAGAAGGCAGCAGAGAGAGGCCCAGCAGGAGCAGAGGAAUCAGGAGGACGAGAGGGAGCGAGAUGACUCUGCUCUAGCUCGAUCUGCAAGCACUGAGAGCGGCUUCCACACACACACAGACCGAGCUGAGGGAGACGACAGCCUGGUACAGAGCACAGAGCCUGAAGAUGAGAUCCCCAGAGCCUCUGCCUCUGCCCUGCCCCAAGACCCCUCUGCUGAGUACUCCAAGGUGCUGGGCUGCUCUGACUCUGAGGAGCUCAGAGAUGAGACCUAUUGUGAGCCCUAUGAAAUCUACUCCCCUUCAGAACACGUGUACGAGGAGAUCUGUGAGGCAGCAGGCUUUUCCAAUCACCUGCCCCAGAGACGAGCCAACUUCACACUGGAGGCCCAGUCAGACAGUGGGGACUACCAGCAUGCCGUGGGGUCCCGGCUUCACCACUAUGACGAACGCUCUGAUGGAGAAUCGGACAGUCCAGAGAAGGAGGCGGAAUUUGCCCCUUACCCCCGAGCAGACAGCGGCGACCUGGAGGAGGACGGAGAUAGCAUAACAGUGGAACUUCGAAUCAGUCUUAGCUCGCAAAGCUUAAAUUGUGCCAAAGAACUGCCCAGCAAUGAGGAGAAUGUCGUAAGCUCAGAAAUACCCCCAGACCAGAGUUCAGUCCCAGCAGAAGUGCACAAAGUAACCCCAGUGAUGCGGAGUUUACAAGAGAAGAAAGAUGCAAUAUCUCUGGCUAUAAAGGACAUAAGGGAAGCUAUAGAAGAGGUGAAGACACGCACAGUGAGGUCUCCGUACACUCCAGAUGAGCCCAAAGAGCCAGUUUGGGUCAUGAGGCAAGACCUGAGUCCCACUGCAGACUGUGAGCUGCAGCAACCACUAGAGGGCGAUUCUCCUCGCUCAGGAUCCCCCUCUCCUUCUGGAGCAGAGGGCUCCAGCAGCCAGCUCCUGCCUGAUGAAAGCCUGCAGACGCCCUCACCCAGAGAGGCCGGCAGGAGCAGGGUGUCCUUCCCCACGUAUGUAGAGGUCCCAGGCCCCUGUGACCCAGAGGACCUCAUUGAUGGCAUCAUUUUUGCUGCAAACUACCUGGGCUCCACUCAGCUGCUGUCAGACAAAACCCCUUCCAAGAAUGUGCGCAUGAUGCAGGCGCAGGAGGCUGUGAGUCGUAUCAAGGCAGCCCAGAAACAGGCCCAGAACAAGAAGAAGGCUACUGAAGAUGAGGCUCACAUGACAGAGGUGGACCUGUUCAUCUCCACUCAGAGAAUCAAAGUGCUCAAUGCAGACUCACAGGAUACUAUGAUGGACCACCCCCUGCGGACCAUCUCGUACAUCGCUGAUAUCGGGAACAUCGUGGUCCUGAUGGCGCGCAGAAGGAUGCCUCAGUCAGAGUCAGAGGAGAACGCAGAGGAGGACAGCAAACGCCAGUACAAGAUGAUCUGCCAUGUGUUUGAAUCAGAAGAUGCCCAGCUCAUUGCUCAGUCCAUUGGCCAGGCCUUCAGUGUGGCCUAUCAGGAGUUCCUAAGAGCCAAUGGCAUCAAUCCUGAAGAUCUGAGCCAGAAAGAAUACAGCGAUCUGCUCAACACCCAAGACAUGUACAACGAUGAUCUGGUCCACUUCUCCAAGUCUGAGAACUGUAAGGAUGUGAUAGUGGAGAAGGCCAAAGGAGAAAUCCUGGGGGUGGUGAUCGUGGAGAGCGGGUGGGGGUCCAUCCUGCCCACCGUCAUCGUGGCGAACAUGAUGCACGCGGGACCAGCCGAGAGGUCCGGGCGCCUCAACAUCGGAGACCAGAUCAUGUCCAUCAAUGGGACCAGUCUGGUGGGGUUGCCCCUGUCCACCUGCCAGAGCAUCAUCAAGGGUCUGAAGAACCAGUCUCGGGUGAAGCUGAACAUAGUGCGCUGUCCUCCUGUCACCACUGUCCUGAUCCGACGCCCCGACCUGCGCUACCAGCUGGGCUUCAGUGUCCAAAAUGGCAUCAUAUGCAGCCUUAUGCGAGGGGGCAUCGCUGAGCGGGGAGGGGUGCGAGUCGGUCAUCGUAUCAUUGAGAUCAACAGUCAGAGCGUGGUGGCUACUACGCAUGAGAAAAUAGUCCACAUCCUUUCAAACGCUGUUGGGGAGAUCCACAUGAAGACCAUGCCUGCAGCCAUGUACCGCCUCCUCACAGCUCAGGAGCAGCCCAUUUACAUCUGAGCCCUGGUUCUGUCUGCAGAGUCUCACCUCACCCACCUGGACUCCUCGAGGGACUGUGUGUGGACCCUAUCUGCCCCCCAAACGACCUCUCAUACCCCAGGCCUAACAAAAAGAUACCCCACGCAACUUCACUUGUAGCAAAUCAUCCUCCAGUACAGAAGUGUGUAGCGUAAUUCAACCAAGGUUUAAGAAAGAGUUCGGCCAAAAUAUUUGAGCUGGUGCGUGAAUAGUCUGAGUAUAUCUGAGUGGUAUGUGUGUAAAGGGAAAGGAUUGAGGAGGACCAUCUCUGAUUUUGUGUUAGCCCCAAAAGUUAUUUAGUUAAAGGUGCAUUGUGUAACUUUUUGUUGGAGGUCCGUCACCUGCUUGUUUUUCUGCCUAGAAUGUUCCACAGUAUGACAUUUUAACAAUUACUGAUUGUUUUCUAACUCAAAAAUACCUAGAAAACACAGGCAUUCUGACUGACUGAGUUUGCCUUUCCACAGCUCUGACCUGUAACUUGGUCUGGUUUGGUCUCCAUGAUGAUAGAAGGAUUUAAUGCCAUACUCUGAAAGCAAUAGCAUCUCCAGGAAGAAAAACAUUUGAUGGACCCUCCACCUGAAAAAUUACACAGUGCACCUUUAAAGGAGCUGUACCUGAUGUUUACCGUCUCAAAAAUGUAAAAAACUGAGUUUUUUAAAAGUUUGCAGCGGUCCGAAACGAUUCCUUAAACAUUCCCAGCAUUUAAUAAUUUACCACAAUUAGUUUAGAAGCACUUUUCACACAUUUCAGAGCCAGCGGGUACAGCCCUUUUAAUUUGUAAUUGCCACUUUGUCACUAUUUAAAGUAAUAUGAAAAUACUAUCUCUACCAUGUCACCAUGUUUUGUCACAGAAAACAAAGUCAAACAGUACAAAACAAUUGAUUAGAACUGAGUAUGCAGUCCAGUUGAAUGUUCUUGUAUUUUAUUUUUUAAGAAUCUCUGCUGUUUCUUUCAGGGCUAGUGUUAUGUUAUGGGAUGAUGAGUGGGAGAGACAUUAAGCAAAUUUUUGUAGCUGGGAAUCAAAUAAAUAGUGCAAUAAAAUAGUUUACCCAAUAGAAAGUGCAUGAAAACAGGAUCUGCCCACUGCUGAAAACAUUGCAGUGACAAGGGCCAUUAGAAAAGAGGUGUCUGAAAAUAGAGGUGACCACACACUCAUCUGCUGUGAUCAGAACCAGCAUUACCAAGAGCAGUAUUCAUUUAGUUUGACUUUAAUAUGAAUAGUUGUAUUUACGGUUACAACUAUGAAUUCAUUUGAUAAUCAGAAAACACAUCUGUAAAACACUUUUUAGGAUAAUUUUUGUAUGUCCAGUCUCGGUCCACUGAAGGUGCAGACUGUGAUGCCAGAUGACGUCUUUUUUCCAAUGUCUUCUGGGCGUCCAGUGUUGACGUUUGUUUUUCCUACAGAAAAGAGUGUGCCACUGUCUGUGUGAAUCUUCAUGUGUCAGUCUGUGGUUCAGUGGAUCUGACCGCUCAACCAAUGAUGUUUUAUAUCAAGAGUAGGAUUUGAACUACCAACCUUCAGAUCAGUGAACAAACACUCUACCAACUGAGCUACACUCCCACUCACCAGUGCUGCUCUUUUAGACCAUUUUUAUUUAACAUAUUUUGACUCAAAGGCCCGUAGAACUAUAAUAAUUUUUGAAUGAGUAGGCUGUAAUUUCCCAGAAAAUGCAUUUCCAAAUAAAUAACAUACGUAAAUACCUAAAUUAGUUAAUUAAACAGAUAACAAAAUAUCAUGUACUCAAAUAAAUAAUUUGUAAUAAAUGUUUAAUCACAAAUAAUAAAAAAUGAAUAUUAAUGAAUAAUAUUGAUAACAACAAUGUAGAUAUUUGUAACAAAAAAAAUUAAAUUAAAAAGAAAAAAAAGGUAUUAUAUUCAUUAAUAAUAAUGUCAUUUUCCUACUCCUGUGUUAGACAUCCUGAUGACGUCCAAAAAAGUCACCUAGUCGAGGGUUCAAAUGUAUAACUACAUACUGAUGUCCAAGUGGGCUCAGAGUUAGACUUCCAAAUAGUGAAUGUAAUUUGCCCGUCUAAGACGUCUAAUGUUUAGUGGGUAAAUGUCAAAAGAGAAUAAAUCAUGUCACAUUUUCACUAAUAAUACACUUGCAAAAAUUCUCUCUACAGAAGCUUUCAGCAAUCAAAUUUCAACUUUUAUUGGGUUAAAAAAAUCUAAAAAUAUAUCUGAAAAAUUUCAUUGUAAAAUAUGAACUUUUUGAUUACUAUAGUUAAUUAAUUGGAAAAAAUCAUCGCUGACUUGUUGACUUCUAAAAUAAUGGUUAGUGGCAGCCCUAGUCAUAUUUGAGAAAGACAUUCAAAAGCAUAUUUUAAAUACUAGAUACAGGACAAAGAAAAUAUUGUAGAAAAUGAGAAGUGGUGUGCGAGUAAGGACAGACUAUGGAAAUGAUGAGAAGCCCUUAUAUUAAAGUGAAUUAGAUAUGAUUUAUUUAUUGUAGAUAGACGAUUUCUGCUAUUAUGCUUAAGUCUUACUUACAUGGUGACAUGGUGGACCUAUACUCUCUUCUCUGAGCCUAGAUAAAGGAGUCCGUCUAUUUUCUCCUUUGGGCCGAUGGUGCGAUCCCGUCUACAGCCCACAGAGGGCGCUGCUGCUGCUGCUGUACUUCUGUGUGUACAUGUGUUUACUUGUGUUUGAACGUGCUGCACCUAUAUUCACACGCACUAGGAACACUGUGUAGUUUAUAGAGAUGUAAAGCUAUAUUCUUCUACUGUCCAGAGCUGCAUCCACCUUCCUGUGAACUCUGAGUCAUGUGACAGUGUCUUUGGCUGCUAUAGUAGAGAAUACUUGACAUAUAAACACUAUAUAAUGCUGCCUGUCCUGACAAAAACGCAAUGUGAACAGGGUUCGAAUGUAAAAGACGUGCUUGGACCAUGGGAGGAUCAGAGCCCUGUCUGAGCCUAAAGCACCAGAGGAGAGCCUUCUGAAUGUAACUUAUGUUGAUGUGAAAAACCAAACCCACGUUUGCAG